AUGGCGAAUGGCAACACCUCCAACGCCGUCAAAAGUGCCACCAGCUCUGGAGCUAUCGAGUGUGCUGUCCAGACUGAAGCAUCCCUCCAAGCCAUGGCAAAGACAGUCCGCCCGAGAGGGCGGUGGUCUUCAAAGGGUGGUGGUCUUCAGAGGGUGGUGGUCUUCACAGGGUGGUAUCGAAACACUGGCGGCGAUACCGAGUACACUCUCAAUUCCCCCGUCCCCGGUAGCCAAGAGCACGCCACUCGAGUUGUCAUCAGGCGUGUUGCUAUUGCUGAGGCCGCUCUUGAGACUCUAAUGACGCUCCCCAGGGAGAUGCUGAACCGACUCCGCAUUAAAGCCUCCUCUCACGGCGGUGGCGAAGAAGGCUUCUUCGACGUGAUCAAGUGCGGCAUUCAGAAGACUGGACCUGCUGUUCUGUACAUUGCAAAGAAGGUGGUGCACACCGUCAUUCUUGUCAUUGUCGUUGAGCUCUCCGAGAGAUUCAAGGGUGCAGUCGGCGCGGAGAGCAGCACAACUCCCUACAAUUAA